UUAAGCUCAUUACACAGUGCAGCUGGCUUGAAGGUUUUCACACCAUGUCUGCAUCUCUUUGAACAGCUCUUCUUCCUCCUGCAAAUUUUUUCCAAGCAGAACUUGAGCAGUAGGUAAAUUUCUCUGCAGUUUUGAGAUGCUCCACUGAGCAUCUACACUUGGGUGUCUGUAAACAAAACAUACCUGACAAUAUUGUACAUUCAGAAGAAGAGUUGAGAGUAAAUGCUUCAUGGCACCUUGGCUUAUACAUGUGGGUUUAUACACCUGAAAAGGAGGAAUGAGAAAACAGAGAAAAAGAAAAAAAAAGGCACCAAAGAGUCAAAAGCCCAUGGUGAACAUCUUGCAAGCUACUUAUGGGGGGAGAAAUCACAGUGCAGCAAACAAAAAUUUAGGGCUGGUUGCGCAGAGAGAGAAAUGGGAAAAUGAAAAAUACUUUUCUGUUUCUAAUUUAUUUACCCAUCUUAAAACUCCUGUUAGCUUUCCAAACUUGAAAUGUUUCCUGGCAUGAAUAAAGAGUGAUGUUUAAAGGAGGAAACAAUGGAUAAUUAACCAUGUCACACAGCAUGUGCUCUGUGAUAUUGUUACAGGACCAAGAAGAGAGGGCAGGCUUUCCUUUUAGCACCAUGCAGCAGCCCUGUGCUGCCAGGAAAACCAGGUUUGUGGCCCCCAUUGCACUGAAAACUCUUUCCUGCUGUAGGCCUGCCAUCAGAUGUGGUUUUCUCUGGCCAGCAGCCUGGACGUGAAUAGCAGUGCAGGUGCAGUUGGUGCUUGGUUGCCUUCAUUUUCACAGCCUGUGCUAGCAGGUGGUUGACCUUGCUGAUCUCCAAGUGGGAAUGAAGUUUGCACUGGGGUGGGUGGGAUAGAGAGAGCACCACAAUGCAAUAUUCAGGGCUACCUCCUCUUUUAUUUUUACUUAACAUGGAAGAGCCUGUCCCUAGACAAUAAAUUAUCUCAAUAAUGAGUUACUGUGUUUUUCUUUCAAGACAUGGUCCAAACAAAUGUGGUCUUUAAAACUCAAAGAAGUGUUAUUCGACUGCCUAAAAAGUUGCAAGGUGGACAAGACAAAAGCCAAAAGACGACUCUGUCACAUCCUGUCUAUCCUCCAGAGUGGGACCAAACUGCACUACCUGAAAUUGGGUUCAAGAACAGACGUGCAAUUCCUGGGAGGCUCUCUGAGAACCCCUAUGAUACCACACAGGUUGGUACAGCUCAGCUGUGAUUCCGAAGAAUAUAGAAAAAUCAAGACGCUGUUUGAGAAGACAAUGAAAAAUUACUGCAUCAACCAACUGCAGAGGAUCCAGAACCCAACACUUUGGGACCUUUUUCAAUGGCAAAAAGAAAAGAUGAAGAAGAUCCAUCAGUUGGAAGGGGUGAACGAGAGGCUCCUAUUCCAUGGCACAGAUCCCUCCCAUUUGUCUGCCAUCUGUGAGCAGAACUUUGACUGGAGACUCUGUGGGACUCAUGGGACACUGUAUGGAAAAGGAAGCUACUUUGCCAGAGAUGCCAGCUAUUCCCAUGAGUACUGCUCCCCUCACAACGGGCUCUACACCAUGUUCGUAGCUCAGGUUCUUGUUGGAGACUUUGUGCAGGGAAACCGUGACUACUGCCGCCCUCCAGCCAGAGCUGGAAAUUCCAACAGACUGUAUGACAGCUGCGUGGAUAACCCCACAGACCCUUCCAUCUUUGUCAUCUUUGAGAAGCAGCAAAUUUAUCCUGCCUAUAUCUUGGAGUACAGCGUUGAGAGCAGCUGUGUGGUCCUGUAAUGAAUGGUGGAAUGUCUUUUGAAUUCACACUGAAUAAAUUACUCUUCAGUAUGUCUUUUUAAAUGUUUAUUCAGUUUUAAUUGUAGCUUUAGAACACUUGGUAAUGCAGUGAACCAGUAUCAAUCCCCUGAUGGCUUUGGGGGCAUAAUUUUUUGUUAGGUGUUCUUCCUUCCCCAGAAGCAGUGCUGAACUUUAGCAUUCACCAUAU